UACGUUAACUCAAUGUUGUCCUCGACCACAAGUGGGUAAAAAAAAAACAACCUCUGCAUUAUUUGGUCAUAUCAUCACUUGGAGAAACCAGACCCACGUCAGAAAUAACUCUUUCAGUGAGAGAACACGUGGACUCAUGUUUUUUUCUGUAAACACUCAUGAGAGGAAACAAUUCGAGCUAAAGUGGCUACGUUGGCGUGCCAACGCUAGCCGAACAAGCUAACUUUCCACUAACAAGCUACCAAUAGCUAACGUUAUCCUUUGGUAUGAUGGCAGCAUCCAGCCCCCCAUUGAUCUCUGCUCCAGUGUUAAGUCAAAAGCAACGCCGGGCUGCUCUGAGGAAAAAAAGAAGGAAACAGAAACGACAAGCUCUUGCCCAGGCCAGAGAAUGUGGUUUAAAAAAUGGAGCAGGUUCUACACCAGAAAAAGAAGAAGAAAUAAAUGAGGGUGAUGAGGAUAAUGAUGUUGUUGAAAAGGAAAGACUGCAGCUACAUGAAGAAUGGUUGGAAAGAGAGAGGCUCGCUCAGGAGGAAUUCAGGUUGAGGUCUGAGAGGGAGGAAGCUACAAGGAAAAGAAAAGAGGAGGAACAGCAAAUGAUACAAGAGGAAUGGGAAGCCCAGCAGAGAAGAGAAGAGGAAGAAAAAGCACAGAAGCAGCAGGAGAAGCGAGACAGAGAGGAAGCUGUUCAGAAAAUGUUGGAUGAAGCUGAAAAUCAGCUGGAUAACGGAGGACCGUGGAUGAAUCCUGAAGCUCCUGUGACUGAGAAUUCUGAGAACUUUGGGACAGAACGUGACGUCGCCAACUGUCCUUUCUUCCUAAAGACUGGAGCGUGUCGAUUUGGAGACAGAUGUUCUCGGAAGCACGUUUAUCCCACAGCCAGCCUGACUCUGAUGGUCCGUGGUAUGUUCACAACAUUUGGCCUGGAGGAGUCACGCCGUGAUGAUUAUGACAUGGAUGCUUGUUUGGAACACAGCGAGGAGGAGCUGCAGGAGUCUUUCCUGGAGUUCUACCAUGAUGUCCUGCCAGAGUUCAGGAGUGUUGGCAAGGUGGUGCAGUUCAAGGUGAGCUGCAAUUACGAACCACACCUGAGAGGAAAUGUCUACAUUCAGUUUGAGACAGAGGAGCAAUGUAAAGAGGCCUUCAUCAGGUUCAAUGGGAGGUGGUAUGCAGGCAGGCAGCUUCAUUGUGAGAUAUGUCCUGUUACACGGUGGAAGAAUGCAAUAUGUGGAUUGUUUGACAGACAGAAGUGCCCUAAAGGGAAACACUGUAACUUCUUGCAUGUAUUUCGAAACCCUGGCAAUGAAUUCUGGGAGGCAGACAGGGACCUCCACAUGUCACCAGACCACAGCAUCAGAGGACGUCGCAGAGACAGGUUACAUUCAGAGCGAUACGGAGAUCGUUCGUGGAGGCAGCGUCACUGCAGCAGAAGCCCACUAAGACCGGAGAGGUCCCGCAGCAGACGAGAGAGUGACAGGCGGAGGAGCAGGAGCAGUGAGAGGAGGGCCUCCUACCAGGAUAGAGACGACACAUGGUCGUCCAGAUCCAGACACAGUGACAAGAGGAAAGAUAGGUAUCAGAGGAGAAGCAGAGACGCAUCAAGGGGUAGAAGUAGAGACAGAGAGCAAGACAGGCUGAGAAACAGGAGCAGAGAUAAAGACAGGGGGCACAAGAAUCAAGACAGUAGAGACAAAAAUGAAGACAGUCACAUAGAAGGCAGAGGGAGGAAACGCACAAGUGCAGAAAGAAGCCCCAAUAAACCAGAUAAAAGUAGGGAACCCCCUAAUGAUGAUACACACACACACCACCGCCACAAACAUGCCAAGAAGAGCAAGAAAAAGAGCAAGAAGAAGCAUAAGAAGAAAAACCAUUUGCCUGAAGAGACAACUUCAUCAGGAGAGUUUGAAAAAGACAAAGAGUCAGAGGAAGAGAGAGAGAACCAUCUUGCAUUGAGUCCUAAUGGAGAGAUUCAUGAAAUAGAGUUAAUUCAGAAAAGCAGUGACUUAGAUGGGAGUGCUGACACCCAGAAGCUGAGUCCUGGGGAGAAACAUGAAGUCUGACAGAGAAAGAACGAGCGAACCUGUUGGAAAAUCUGAACAUUUGUUUUGGUUUUUCUCCUUAUAGGUCUGAAUGUAUAGGGAGGAAGAAGUAAGUUUAUUUUUGCUGAGACCGUCAGUUAGCACCCAUCUGUAAUAUGUAGAUAUGUGAAUAUUUAGCCUUUGCUUUAAAAAUUAAACACUCGAUCAGUGGAGCUGUGACACUGCUGAGCUACAGAGUAGGUACAAACAAUGUAAAACAGGAUCAACACAUAGGUAUUCAUUUUCAAUACAUUUAUUAACUUUCAAAUGUAAGGAAAAACUUGUCAAAUGCGUUUAAUACAAAAGAGAGAUCUGUGCAUUAAAGAUGAACUUUAUGAAUGUUCAAAACACCUUGUGGUUUUUCAGAAGUAAUGGCUUGUGACAAAUAUGAGUAAUGUAUCCUGAUAUGUGCAUUUAAUAUUACAUUCCUACUCCAUAAAGAACCUCAGGAUAAUCUAAAUAAAGUCUUUAAAUGAAUUGAGAUAAUUAAAUAAUACUGGUAUAUUGAGCCCCCC